AAAGCUCGCUGUCGCUGGGAGGCGCGCGCCGGCGGUCCUCCGCCGCUCCGGGUACCUGAGGGACGCGCGGCCGCCCUCGGCUGGCGGUGCAGCCCCCACCGCUUUGGAGCCAGACGCCGGGGUCUGAGGAUAGCAUUUCUCAAGACCUGACAUGGAGCACUUGUAACCUGAGAUAUUUCAGUCGAAGGAAGAAAUAGCUCUUCUCCUAAGAUGGAAUCUGUGGUUUGGGAAUGUGGUUGAUCAACUUGAUAUGUUGGCCAAAUGUGCCCCAUGUAAUAAAAUGAAAAGAAGAGACAAGAUGAUGUCAUUUUCCCAUAUUGUGAAACCAAAAACAAACGCCUUUUGUGAGACCAAGCUAACAAACCUCUGACGGUGCGAAGAGUAUUUAACUGUUUGAAGAACUUAACAGUAAGAUAUAGAAGAAGUAUCUUCGAGCUGAGACCUGCAGGUGUAUAAAUAUCUAAAAUACAUAUUGAGUAGGCCUCAUCAUCCGAAUCUCGUUCAGACCCAGGAAGGAUGGCUAUGACUUGGAUUGUCUUCUCUUUUUGGCCCUUGACUGUGUUCGUGGGGCAUAUAGGUGGGCACAGUUUGUUUUCUUGUGAACCUAUUACCUUGAGGAUGUGCCAAGAUUUGCCUUAUAAUACUACCUUCAUGCCUAAUCUUCUGAAUCAUUAUGACCAACAGACAGCAGCUUUAGCAAUGGAGCCAUUCCACCCUAUGGUGAAUCUGGAUUGUUCUCGGGAUUUCCGGCCUUUUCUUUGUGCACUCUAUGCUCCUAUUUGUAUGGAAUAUGGACGUGUCACACUUCCCUGUCGUAGGCUGUGUCAGCGGGCUUACAGUGAGUGUUCGAAGCUCAUGGAGAUGUUCGGUGUUCCUUGGCCUGAAGAUAUGGAAUGCAGUAGGUUCCCAGAUUGUGAUGAGCCGUAUCCUCGACUUGUGGAUCUGAAUUUAGCUGGAGAACCAACUGAAGGAGCCCCAGUGGCAGUGCAGAGAGACUAUGGUUUUUGGUGUCCCCGAGAGUUAAAAAUUGAUCCUGAUCUGGGUUAUUCUUUUCUGCACGUGCGUGAUUGUUCACCUCCUUGUCCAAAUAUGUACUUCAGGAGAGAAGAACUAUCAUUUGCUCGCUAUUUCAUAGGAUUGAUUUCAAUCAUUUGCCUCUCUGCCACAUUGUUUACUUUUUUAACUUUUUUGAUUGAUGUCACAAGAUUCCGUUAUCCUGAAAGGCCUAUUAUAUUUUAUGCAGUCUGCUACAUGAUGGUAUCCUUAAUUUUCUUCAUUGGAUUUUUGCUUGAGGAUCGAGUAGCCUGCAAUGCGUCCAUCCCUGCACAAUAUAAGGCUUCCACAGUGACACAAGGAUCUCAUAAUAAAGCCUGUACCAUGCUUUUUAUGGUACUCUAUUUUUUUACUAUGGCUGGCAGUGUAUGGUGGGUAAUUCUUACCAUCACAUGGUUUUUAGCAGCUGUGCCAAAGUGGGGUAGUGAAGCUAUUGAGAAGAAAGCAUUGCUGUUUCACGCCAGUGCAUGGGGCAUCCCUGGAACUCUAACUAUCAUCCUUUUAGCGAUGAAUAAAAUUGAAGGUGAUAAUAUUAGUGGCGUGUGUUUUGUUGGCCUCUACGAUGUUGAUGCAUUGAGAUAUUUUGUUCUUGCCCCCCUCUGCCUGUAUGUGGUAGUUGGGGUUUCUCUCCUCUUAGCUGGCAUUAUAUCCCUAAACAGAGUUCGAAUUGAGAUUCCAUUAGAAAAGGAGAACCAAGAUAAAUUAGUGAAGUUUAUGAUCCGGAUUGGUGUUUUCAGCAUUCUUUAUCUCGUACCACUCUUGGUUGUAAUUGGAUGCUACUUUUAUGAACAAGCUUACCGUGGCAUCUGGGAAACAACGUGGAUACAAGAACGCUGCAGAGAAUAUCACAUUCCGUGUCCAUAUCAGGUUACUCAAAUGAGUCGUCCAGACUUGAUUCUCUUUCUGAUGAAAUACUUGAUGGCUCUCAUAGUUGGCAUUCCCUCUGUAUUUUGGGUUGGAAGCAAAAAGACAUGCUUUGAAUGGGCCAGUUUUUUUCAUGGUCGUAGGAAAAAAGAGAUAGUGAAUGAGAGCCGACAGGUACUCCAGGAACCUGAUUUUGCUCAGUCUCUCCUGAGGGAUCCAAAUACUCCUAUCAUAAGAAAGUCAAGGGGAACUUCCACUCAAGGAACAUCCACCCAUGCUUCUUCAACUCAGCUGGCUAUGGUGGAUGAUCAAAGAAGCAAAGCAGGGAGCGUCCACAGCAAAGUGAGCAGCUACCACGGCAGCCUCCACAGAUCGCGUGAUGGCAGGUACACGCCCUGCAGUUACAGAGGAAUGGAGGAGAGACUACCUCAUGGCAGCAUGUCACGACUAACAGAUCACUCCAGGCAUAGUAGUUCUCAUCGACUCAAUGAACAGUCACGACAUAGCAGCAUCAGAGAUCUCAGUAAUAAUCCCAUGACUCACAUCACACAUGGCACCAGCAUGAAUCGGGUUAUUGAAGAAGAUGGAACCAGUGCUUAAUUUGUCUUGUCUAAGGUGGAAAACUUGUGCUGUUUAAAAAGAUUUUAUUCUUUGCCUUUUGCAUGACUGAUUGCUGUAACUCACUGUUAACAUGCUUUCAGUCAACUACAGAUUGUGUCCACUGGAAAGGUAAAUGUUUGCUUUUUAUAUUGCAUCAAACUUGGAACAUCAAGGCAUCCAAAACACUAAGAAUUCUAUCAUCACAAAAAUAAUUCGUCUUUCUAGGUUAUGAAGAGAUAAUUAUUUGUCUGGUAAGCAUUUUUAUAAACCCACUCAUUUUAUAUUUAGAAAAAUCCUAAAUAUGUGGUGACUGCUUUGUAGUGAACUUUCAUAUGCUGUAAACUAGUUGUGAGAUAACAUUCUGGUAGCUCAGUUAAUAAAACAAUUUCAGAAUUAAAGAAAUUUUCUAUGCAAGGUUUACUUCUCAGACGAAUAGUAGGACUUUGUAGUUUUAUUUACACUAAGGGAAAAAAGAACUGUGUUUUUAAACUGUAGGAGAAUUUAAUAAAUCAGCAAGGGUAUUUUAGCUAAUAGAAUAAAAGUAUAACAGAAGAAUUUGAUUAGUCUAUGAAAGGUUCUCUCAGCAUUCUCUCGAAAUAAUCUUCAUCCAGAGAUAUUCAGGAUUUGGAUUAGCAGUGGAAUAAAGAGAUGGGCAUUCUUUCCCCUAUAAUUGUGCUGUUUUUCUAACUUUUGUAAAUAUUACUUUUACUGGCUGUGUUUUUAUAACUUAUCCAUAUGCAUGAUGGAAAAAUUUUAAUUUGUGGCCAUCUUUUCCCAUGUAAUAGUAUUGAUUCAUACAGAACUUAAUGUUCAAAAUUUGCUUUGUGGAGGCAUGUAAUAAGAUAAACAUCAUACAUUAUAAGGUUCUUUGUGGUAACCACACUUACAAAAUGGCAAAACGUUUUCUCUGUAUUCAUUGUUGUAUUUUUCUAUAGUGAGAUGUGAUCUUGCCAAAGCCACCAGACCUUGGCUUCCAGGCCCUCCUAUAGUGAGUUGAUUGUCUGCACUUGCCUUGCCCAAUAGCCAGUAGGCUACAGCUUUUGCCCCACACCCUUAUUUUCAGAUUCUGGAUCAUUCUUGUUUACAACUGAAAUAUAUAUAACCUCAGUCCAAAGUAGUGAUUGAUUUGAUAUUGGAAAAUCACUGUAGCUAAAUGAAGCAUGAUUAGUAGUCUUACUAUGAAUAUCAUUUAAUCUUAAAAAAAGUAAAAAAUGUUUAUCUGGUAAUGUUUAAAUAAUUUACAAUAUAAACUGUAAACCUUAUUAGGCAUGAAAUAAUCAGAAGAGAAAGAAAAUUGCUGGAACAUGCUGGAUGUAUUAUGUAAAAAGCAUAUUUAAACAAGGGUCCUCAACCCUGACUGCAGGUAAGAAUCACUUGGGUUACUUCAGAUGCCUAACACCUUCUCCUCAUACAAGUAAGAAUUGGUAGCUUUCUUAAAAA